CCCCGGGGGCGGAGGAGCCAAGGGAGGCACCCCAUAAAAGCCCUCGCCCGCCUCUCCUCCUCCAGGCACCAGCAGCACCAGCACCAGCACCACUGGAGAUGGGGAGGGCGCUGGACGGGCGGCUGGGCAUGGGGCUGCUGCUCCUGCUGCUGCUGGCACUCCUCUUGCCCGCCCAGGUGGUGAAAAUGGAACAACUGUAUCCCCCCCCAAACAGUACUUCAAGUGUGACUUCUGUGCCACUUAGCACGCUGAACAUUACCACACCAGCGGGACAUGGAAACUCCCUUCAAUCAGCUACUGGCCUCUUCAUUCUUGCCAUCUUUCUUCUAUAUGUUUGUUAAGAUAUCCUGGCUGGGAAACAACCACUGUUCACUACCAAGUUCCCUGAACCAUCUGAAAUGUCUAGACUCCAUAUCCCAGCAUGAGAGAAAACCACAGAAUGUUUGCACCAAGCCAGUACAGUUUAUGCAACUGUUCAGUUACUGGUACCAGUCUGACCAAGCCAACUUUCCCUGAAAAUCAAUUUGACCAUGAAGAGCCAGGAGGCAAUAACUGAGCUCCAGUAGUCAGUGGUUGGAUCUGGAUGAAAAAUACAAAUUGACUGGCCAUGGAUAAUGACUACCAUGAAUAAUAUAGGAGAGAGUUUAUGAAGCUAUGCAAAAUAAGGACUUCUAAUCUGAAAGAAAAUGAAGCUUGGCCUCGAAGCUUCUAAAACCUCUAGAAAAUGCAAAGGGUGCUGAAGUGGUUUCUUCUCUGUUCCAUAUAGGAGGAUGUAUCCAGCAGAAAUAGUUCCAUCCACAAUUUCACUUCGGGAUUUCCAACAAGCUUUAACUGAACAAUUCCACCUUCUUUCAUUUUAAUGUGUGGCUGUUCUUAACUAAGCCUGUGUAGUUUAAACCCUAUUGGAAAUCUUACUUCUUCUGUGGUAUUUCAGAUUUUCUAUUUUAUUAAAACUACAAGUGAACCAGGCGUGCAAGCAACAACAACAACAAAAGUUUUUGGAAACCCUUGUGAUCAGUUUCAAAUGGCCUAUAAUAAAACAGAACAAGGUCAGAUGUUCACCACUACACUUUUACUGUGAUGCCUUCAUAUUUAUGACAGCCUCUUCCUAAAAUAAAGUCUCAGAAGUAAUUUCCAAAUGUUACUCCUGACCUGGUACAAUUUCUAUGCUAUUUUUCUUUUAUUAUUGAAGUAGAUCACACUCAGCCAGGCUAUGUUAUCAAACAAAAAUAAUGAAGUGGUUAAGUCUUACAUUUAAGAAUCUUAAAAGUACAUAUCUCUUAGAGGAUGAAAAUGACACACUUGCACUCACAGUUCCUGUAUAAAAUGUUCUAUAUAAUUUGGACUAAAACUGGCGCUAUGAUAUAGAUUCAUUGAUCUAAAUGCUUGGAUUUUCAGAAAUAUGGAGAGGUUUGUUCAUGGUAUGAUGUCCAUAGAAAGGCUUGUCUGGUUACUAUGUGACUGUAGCUUUAAACAAACCUACCCCAUCCUUUGACCUGGUUGGGUACCAAAGAUCUAACAUCUGCAUUGGAUUGUCAAGUACUUGUAUGGUGAUGUCCAUAAAAUACCAUGCUGGGGGUAUGUGUGCAUUCCUUCUUCUCUCUUUUGUAUCAAGUACCCUGUUUGAUUUUGUGACUAUAUGUGAUUAUUCUUUCAUUUUAAAUUGGGCAAAAUGUAAAUAAAAAAAUCUGGUUUAAAA